UCUUCGGGUGAUUUUCACUGGCUGAUUUCUUCCAUGCUGGCACAUUACCUGAACAUAGUUAUGUUAUACAAUGGAGAGGCAUUCCUUGGAAAUUAACCUGCCCGAUACUCACGAAGAAGGAAAACUUUAUGUAGUUGAUUCCUUAAACAACCUAAACAAACUAAAUGUUUGUCCAGAUGGAUCCCAACAUGCGCUAGAUGAGGAAGAGAACACUGGUGGUACUGGAGAAAACACAGCAGGGAGCAACAUAAGAAACCAGUGUCUGUUCUUCGUCACCUUUAUUCUUUCUUUGGUCGUCAGUUUGGCACUUGUUUCAUUCGUAAUAUUCUUAAUAAUUCAAACUAGAAACAAGAUGGACCAAAUAUCAAGCAGACUAAUAUCUGAAAAGAAGAACAUAGAAGAGCUUAAGAAAAUGAACAAUAUGAUAUUAAAGCAUCUAAAUCAAUCAGGAAUUAAGGAAAAGGGGAGAUACCUCUUCACACAGUCUCCUGAUCUUCAUGAUUACUUCUUUACCCAUGCUGAGCUGAAAGUGCCUGGAGAAUAGAUCUUCUUUGGAAUGAAAUUCAGCAUAUUCAUGUACUCAGAUAUUUUCACGUAUGGCACACAGGUUACUUAAACAUUCUGAUAUGGUCACAGGAGCAUUGGAAAAACCAGCUGAAUGAAAAAUAUUAGAAAAUAAUAUUUUAUCCUGUUUUAUGUGAAUAUAGAUUUUGAAAACUAAGCCCAUAUGAUUUACAAUAAACCAUGGAUUGUCAACAAUUUUGGGCAAGAGUUCCAGAUUCUCUGUGCAUUGUAAAUUGCAGGGCUAAGGGCUUAGUUUUACUUUAAAUGUAAGUGAAUGAUCACAGAAAAUGGUGAUUUCUAUUCACCUGAUUCCAGCAUGACCUCGUUCACUUAGUCAUUCUCCUGUUUCUUUGCAACAAGUUUUGUGUUUGCUUCUAUAUUGUUUGUAUUUAAGGAUAACUUCAGAUUCCAUAACUUAUAAAUAAAUCCAAUUCUGC